AUGUUCUUUGCGCUCGGAGCUUGCAUCGAAGGGUUCAAGGCGAUGAGGCAAGUGAUAAUAAUGGAUGGAACUCACCUGAAGGUUGUGUACAAAGGAGUGCUUCGCAUUGCGACUGCUCAGGAUCCAGAUCAUCAUCAUUAUCCCCUUGCUUUUGCGGUAGUAGAUGGUGAAAAAAAUGCAAGCUGGGAGUGGUUUUUGACUAUAUUAAAAACUUUGAUACCAGAUGAUCCUCAGCUUGUAUUUUGUACUGAUAGAAACCAAAGCAUCAUCAAGAAAGUACACGAGGUAUACCCAUUGGCGAUCCAUGGAUAUUGCAAUUAUCACUUGUCUAAUAAUGUCAGCGGAGCUUGCAGCAAUGUUAACAAGAAAGGGGUUGCCAAAAAAAUUAGAAAUAUUGCUGGUAUUUACAGUGAGGUGGAGUUCCGAAAAUACUACAGCGAUUUCAGGAAAAUGUAUCCUCAAGCGGCCGAGUAUCUAGAUGACAGUGUUCAUGAGACCAAAUGGGCAAGAUGUAAAUUUCCGGGAGAAAGUCUAUUAUCUCUACGGGUACCAGAGAGGCAGAUACUAAUCCCACAUGUGCAUGGGAUAUUGCAUCACAUAUAUCCUACGGCUAAAAAGCUGAAGGUGACCGAGUUAAAUACAUUUGAAGGUCACUACAAUGUGCUUGGCGAAGAUGGUCAUGGUUAUUUGGUUGAUUUGAGCAACAGAACAUGCUAUUGUAGGUAUUUUGAUAUUGAUCGGUAUCCUUGUGUGCAUGCACUUGCUGCCAUCAUGGCGCGUGGAGAAAUGGCUGAACAUUAUUGUUCUAGAAACCCGAUCUCAGGUUGUCUUCCCUCCGUAUGUGGAGAAAAAAAAGAAAGACUACAAGUUACUACAUUCCCAUCUGCCGGAGAAUAUCAGAGGAAGAGAAAGAAGAAGUUUCCACCAUUGAUUGGUGAAAACAAAGAAAGUGGCAGUGAUGGCAGUGGCAGUGAUAGCAAUAGCAGUGGUAGUGACAUCAGUGACAGCAGUGGCAGCGAGGGAAAUGGGGACGAAGGAGGUGACAACGAAGGAAAUGAUGAAUGA